UAUGCACGUGUUCUAAAUUACCACACCACCCAUAGCUUGUAUAUAAAGCCAAUGCAAUCUUUUCAAGUGACCACACUUGAACCGCAACAGGAUGGCCAACCGUAGAAAGCUCGCAGCAGCUGCCGAGUUCGACCGCAUCCUUGACGUCCAGAGCUGGAUCCUCAGGCGUCUUGGCUGUGACGUGUUCGACCUGAACUACCGCUUCUCCCCUGCCACCUGGGUCAUCGUGUUCCUGGCCAGCUUCUACAUGGUGAUCUCGGCGUACGAUCUGUACCGCUUUCGGAACGACGUGUUCAACUUUGCCUUUUCGCUGGUAACCCUGUCGUACGGGGUCAUCGGGUGCACCCGGAUCGUGCUGUUUUUGAGGAACUCUCGAACGUACGCCCAGAUCGUGGUGGAGGCCAGAAGGACGUACGAGCAGGUUUCGAACGAGCGAGAACAAGAGGUUCAGGAGCGGUACACCAGGAUGCUGAAGCGGUGCGUCACGUUCUACAGCAUUAGCUUCAUUGGUGGAUGCAUUAUGGGGGGUUUCUUCCCAUUGGCUGUGUAUUGGUGGACCGGGUUGAAGGUGCUACCGUUCGGGGUGAUCUUGCCGUUUACCGACCCCGAUACGAUCGAGGGCUACCAGCUGAACUACCUGUACCAGGUGAGCUGUAUCGUGUGGACUCCUCCCGGACUGACCGCAACCCAGAACGUGUACUUUGCGCUGGUGUUCAAUCUCUGCAUCCAGUACGACGUGCUGAAGCUGAAGCUGGAGGAUCUGGACAAGCUGAUCAGGGACGGUGCAGAGUACGACACGAUCCGCGAGAAGCUGGUGGAGAUCAUCAACUGGCAGCGCCACCUGGUGGACUUUAUCGCCGAGAUCGACCGUAACUUUACCGUCCAGACGUUUGUGGAGAUCAGCAGCGUCGCAAUGCAAAUGGUCAUAGUUCUGUUUGUUUUGCACAUCGACGUUUGGCUGCCCGGUUAUAUGGUCAUUUUCGUGGCCAGCUUUCAACUGUUUGUGCUGUGCAUUUUGGGGGCGAUGAUCGAAAUUAAGAGUGAUAUUUUUACCGAGCAAAUCUACGGCAUCGCCUGGCACCGGAUGCGUACGCCGGAGCAGAAGAUGGUCCAGUUUAUGCUGGCCAAGGCGCAGUACACGAUGCAGCUGACGUACGGGGGGAUGUUGCCGCUGAACAUGAACCUGUUUGUGACGAUCUACAAGAAAACUUACUCAGUGUUUAUGAUGUUGCAAAAUAUGUAAAAACUAUCGUAU